GAGUUGCUGCAGUGUGGCGCAGGCGCAGUAGUCUGAGCAGUAAGAUGCCGGUGGAUUUGCACGAGUGGUCGGGGGCCCUGGCUCUGAAUGAAGUGGAGGAGAAGCCGGGGCAGCCCCUGAAUGUUAGUUAUGGUACGGUGGAGAUAGAUGAGCUGGGCAAGGUGCUCACCCCCACCCAGGUGCAGGACCGUCCGGUCAGCAUUAACUGGUCUGGAUGUGAUCCAGACAAACUUUACACUCUGAUUCUAACUGACCCAGAUGCUCCAAGCAGGAAGGCACCAAAGUUUAGGGAAUGGCACCACUUCAUUGUGAUCAACAUGAAAGGGAAUAACAUUAAAAGUGGAGAGAUUCAGUCUGACUAUGUUGGCUCAGGUCCUCCUAAAGGAACUGGUCUUCACCGCUAUGUCUGGCUGGUUUACGAACAAUCUCAGCCACUGAAAUGUGAUGAACAGCGUUUGACCAACCGUUCAGGCGAUAAACGUGGGACAUUCAAAACUGCAGCAUUCCGUAAGAAGUACAACCUAGGUGUACCAGUGGCAGGGACAUGCUACCAGGCAGAAUGGGAUAACUAUGUCCCAAAACUCUAUGAACAGUUAUCUGGAAAGUAAUUUGCAAAAUCCUAACUAGAUUUGUUUUUCUUUUUACAAAAAAUAUGUAUUUCCUCAUAACUGUCGUAGCAACACUUGUUUGGCUGUAUGGAGCCUGAAACAAUAUUAUUGAUGCACAGUUACUUUUGGUUCUAUAUCCCUAAAUAAAUGUCAAAGUUCAGUUUUUUGCACCUGAACUGAAAGUACAAGGAAAAGUACAGGUGCCAAUUUGAUUUUACGUUUACAAUAAAUUAUUCAUGACAUGGA